CACACUCGAUACUGGAAAAGUGGGCGUGUCCAGCAGCUGUGGACAGGAUAACCGAUGCUGGGCUACAAGCUUCACAGAACUCUUCCUCCAGCUUAGUGCCAACCUGAACUACUGAAGGUGAAAUGGCAAGCCUGCAGAAUCUGAUUUGCUCCGUAUCCAAACAAUUGGUUGUGCCAAAUUGUGCGGUGACUGCCAAACCGAAUGGGGCUCCUCCCUCGGUUGUGGCGGCAAGCUCGAAAGAAGGAUCUUUGAAUGACAGCAAGGUCACGAAAAGGCGAUUAGCUUUGUUUGGUGCUGGAGCGUUAGCCACUGGCCUACUGAAGACAGGCUCUGCAUUUGCUGAAGAAGUACCGAAGAAUUAUAAAUCUUAUGUGGAUGCGAAAGAUGGAUACUCAUAUCUUUAUCCAGCUGAAUGGAGGGAUUUCGACUUCUUGGGGCAUGAUUCGGCAUUCAAAGAUAAAAAUUUUGCCCUUCAGUGUGUUCGGGUGGGAUUUAUUCCUACUGAGAAAACAGAUGUCCGCGACCUAGGACCAAUGGAUGAGGCCAUCUUCAAUCUGGUAAACAAUGUUUAUGCUGCCCCGAAUCAAAUACCGUCUGUCUAUGACAUGCAAGAGCGUACUGUUGACGGCAAGAACUACUGGACGUUUGAAUACGAUCUGGAGGCUCCGGGCUACGGUGUUUCUGCGUUUGCAACGGUCGCCAUUGGAAACGGUCGAUACUACACGUUGAUCGUGACCGCGAACGAACGCCGGUGGAGCAGACUGCGAAACAAGCUCAAAGUCGUCGCGGACUCUUUCAAGAUCUCGGAUCUGACAGCGUGAUCGCUUGCUUCUAUUAGGGCAGCUCCAAUGAUGAUUUUUGAGCUACCUUAAAGCAUAUUAUUUCAUACUUUAAUAAAAGCUAGCUCUCGAUGAAGAGCUAAGAUCAUACACACAUUCCAAGAUUACGUGAGAGUGUUAUGUGAGGACACGCACGCUAUGAGCAACGUGCUAAACUUAGCACUAUUGAAAAAGUUACUUAGAGAUAGUAACUAGCUUUAUAUUCUUGAGGGCGCCUUUAAUUGUGAUGUAAUGCACGGCCUCAUGAGCCUUGGGCAUAUGUAUGCAGUAUGCUUGGUGAAGAGAAAUGUCUAUACCCUUGGUGUGAUA